GAUCUUUGAGUUUCUUUUCUCGUAGGGAAAUAAAUAACCUAUUGCUUUAUCUUUAUCCUUAUUCAAAUUAUUGACAUUUUAUUAGAGUGUCAACAUUUGUCAUUAACUUGAGAAUGGUCUGCAAUGCUGAUUCGUGGACGUCGUGGUCUUUCUAGAUUACAAAUUUUGUUAGCCGGCGUAAUUGGAACUGUGAGUGGGGUUUAUAUUUGGAAACCAAUUUUUGAGCGACAGGUGCAACGAGAACAAAACCAACAGCCAGACCAGUCAUUUGAAUUAGAAAGUAGUGCUUCUGCUAAUGCUGAAACUAACUCGAUCGAGAAACGUGUGGAAUAGGAUGAAAUGAAACUAGGAGCAAAUUUCACUUGGCUAUCAGCACAAUCAGCAUCAUCAUCAAACCAAAAUUCUUCGAAACCAAGGCCUUUGGCACCAGCCAGGAUUGCUAGAAUCUUCAGAACCUGGGCGGUUAUUGGAUUUGGUGCAUUUUUCUACUUUAAAAUUUGGCCCGAAUACAGACGAAUCCAGCGAGCAGGUGUUGAGGACGAGGUCUUAGUUUUAACUCGACGUGAAAACUAUUCGCUAGAUCAACAAGGAGAUGGCGACGCAAGCAGGGUUGGCACAAUUGGUCUCCAAACUAAGGAUUAAAAUUCAACCAGUUUAUCGCAAAAUGCAAAAUGCCGAGGGUCCAGUUGGACGUAUUAAGAUGAUGCGAAAAUCUGUCACAGCAUUGGUUAAAUACGAGCGACUAGAAAUGACGUACUUUCGAGCAGACGAGUCCAGAGGCUACGCAGAAAGGUUGAUUUCUGAAGCAGUUCGACAUGGAGAUUGUCAUCGUCCUACUAUGAAUUUGGCAAAAUUUUGGCUGGAAGAUGAAGCACUAGUGCCAAAACUUUUUAAGGUUCUUGUUCCUCGAUACCAAGAAUGGCCUAGCGGAUUACCCUAUACCAGACUACUUAGGGCUCCAUCAAACAUAACUGACUAUUCUGAAAAUGAAAACAUGAGACGUAACCGUGUGGUAUUAGAACUAAGAGGAAAUCCUUACCCCCCACUUGUUGGACCCAUGACCAAACCACACCCAGGACUUAUUCAUAAUGUUUUACUGGAAGAAGCUAGAAAAGACUAUUUUCGAACUCAAAAUAAGCUUGCGCAAGAAGCAGAGACGGAAAUACAAACUUUACCAGAUGAAGAUAGUUGCAAUUUGGAGGGUAUAUCCAGAGAAGACAUUCAAGAAAUCUCUGAAAAUCUACAAGAUGCUGUCAUCACGAAUAACUCAAAGUCAAAUCCACAGUCAUCAAGUUAGUAGUAGAGUAGUUAGAUUGAUUGAUUGGAAAUUAAGAACCACGACAUUAUGUAUGUCUAGUAUAUAGAAGUAGUAAGUUUAUAAGUCCUAAAAUAAAUUAUAUACAAGAAAUUUGA